GGGUGCCUGCACCGGCCCGCACGGUGGAGCAGGGUCUUCAUGCUACUUGCCCCCACAGGUCUCUGGACCUUCCUGUGGUUCAUCGGGUUCUGCUUCUUGACCAACCAGUGGUCCUGGACAUGGACUGAGCACGUGUACAUCGUGGCAGACUCUGCCCGUGCUGCCAUCACCUUCAGUUUCUUCUCCAUCUUCUCCUGGGGCCUCCUGCUGACCUUCGCUUACAAGAGGUACAAAAUGGGGGUGGAGGACUUUGCUCAAAGCUAUGUCGACCCCACCCCAGAGGUUUCGACUCCCUACUCCAGCUACCCCAACAUCAGCCAUGAGAGCUACCAGCAGCCGCCCUUCACCCACACGGCAGAGGCCCCGGAGGGGUACCAGCCCCCCCCGGUGUACUGAGCCCCGGCUGGUGCCUGCGGGUGGCUGUACCAGUGCAAUUCCUUCUGUGGGGUGGGAGGGAGGGGC